UGGGCUCUAGCUCGCCUGAGAAUCGCCCCUUAUUCCAGAGGGAACACCAGCGUGCCUCCGGCGCCGUUAUUCCCGGCGUACAUUUGUUUUUACAGAACAUCCCCUUACCAUGCAGGUUACACAAGGGUCAAACCUUCAUUGACUGAGAUCAAGGCCAUUAUUAGAAGGGCCCGUGGAGUGCAGCUUGUUUGCUUGAAUGGGGGCAUUGGCUUCCUCAUGAGACUGGAAGGGAUCUGAUUAUGUCUUUGAGCUCUCGACUCGGAAUGUCGACGCCUCGAGGGGGACUUUGUUUGUCGUUACACCGGGAACAGUUGCGUCAAGUCGUUCUGAGUUCCCUAUUACCUGAUGGUUAGAGGUUGGUGGCGCGCUCUGCAAACGGGGUGCCACACACUUGCCGGGAAAGACCAAAAACCAUAUUGCACAGGUCGCGUUCUGGCAAAGAUCAUUCGUGGAAUCGACCAUCGAUCGCGACACCGUUCCCAUGUCUUUGGGGUUCCCUUGACUUACCGGGAAUUUGGAGCGCCUUGGGUCCAACUUGAAACUCGGAUCGUCCUCAUCCUCAAACACGGUCCUGAAGCAAAACUCUCCCUCCCUGGAGACAAUUCAGUUAACCCUCAAGUACUCUUCAAGACGCAUGAUCAUCUUAUUAUACACGGUCUUCCACAGUGUGGGUUAUUAUCAACUCUAUUUACAUCGGUAAAUGAGUGGCUGCUGUGUUGGGCGAACUUUGGGGCUUGGAAUGUGAGAGUCCUUGUUUCUAAAACGAGGCUAUAUAUCGGACUGUUCUGCUCUAUGGUGCCGAACUAGUAGAGCCCGGGAUCCUGCCUAGUGUCGAACGGCCUUUGACAUUCGAUGGCUUGCACUUUAUAGACUUGCCCAUAGUCACGAUGAAGUCGCAAAUUGGAAUCGGAGCCUUGUGUAUGGAUUGACGGUGAUCCUACCGAAAAAGUGCCCCUUGAGAUGACGCUCCGCUUCAUUCACAUCUUAAGAAGCCGGAGGGCGGAUCGCUGCCGUCCAAAUUCAUUGGUUGAGAAGAGCCACCGCUAAGAUGAAAGAAUUCGCUGUUCCAUUGAAGUCAGCACGAUAACACCGUCAUUCCUUGGCAUAUCAUCAAUUGAAAAUUACCAGCCUGUUUGAAACAACGCGCCGUGAGCCCACCUGGU